AUGCAUAUCGAUAAAAUAAUGAAGGAUCCUGAUUUUGCGGUAUUUAUUAAUAACGAAUUCAAUUAUUCGUCAUUUUUGUCCGCUGCUGAUCAUACUGCAGAAAAAUAUGUGCCCUUUCAAGAUUCUAGCAAUGACACUUAUUUCAGAAUAGGGCUAUUGCAUAGAGUUCAAUUGGAUAAUUACACUAAAAUUCGCAUGGAAGAUCAUUUAGGAAGUUUGAAGAAUAAGCCGUGGAUGCCUAUAAACGAAAUUCGCGAAGAAUUUGCAAACUGCGCAAUGUUUAAAUACGGCACAUUGAGCAAACACGAUUUCAAGUAUGAUAAAGGGAUGUAUGGAUGGAUGAAUAUGAUGAAAUUCUCAUGUUUCGCUAUAAAUGAACAGCUCAUUGUGUUUGCAAUGGCGUUUGCUAGGACUCGAUUCAGACUAAAGCAGGUGUUCCUCAAACAGCAGAAUACUGGCUGGGCGACUUCGGGGCGAAGUUUAAUCACACGAGAUGUGCAAAAGAUAACGGAAAUAUUUUCGAUUCGAUUCUCAAAUUUUGUGAAUGAGAAGCUCGAAGAGGAAUACAAAAAAAUUGAGGAGAAGAAUAAGUACCCAAUUCGAAAUUUUGAGAAAAGGAAAAUUUUGCGAUUAAAAAAUGAUACAUUUGAUGAACUAGCAGUUGCCUAUGGAAGACUUCGAAAGCAUAUCAAACUUUCGGCUAGUAGAGGUCACACAUUUAAUACAUUAGCAAUUGGGGUCACUACUCGAGUGAUCGUAGCAGAUCCAAAGACUGUUAGUGACGUUGUUGAAGCCGUCUCAAAUGAGCUAUCAGACGCUCCCCUUCAAGUUCUGGCAAACUGCCACAAAGAAACUUGCUCAUAUGAUAACAUGAAAAAUAUGACAUACAAUAAACGAUCUGAAACUCAUACCUACUUGAAAGAAAAUGCGCUUAUUCACACCGUCAAUCCUCGAUAUUCCUUGAUUGUUUUCCAGACAGCAAAACCUUAUUUUAUUUUUGAGACGCUAAAAAGGAAAACGGCGACAAAAGUUGUCGAAAUUAAACAGCAUGCGAAUGAAAAAGCUCGAGAGCUCUGGACCGCCUUAAUUGACCAACAAUUUGCAUUAGCAAUCCAUCUUCACAACCAAAAUCUAUUCCCAUUUGACUAUUUCAAAACAGCCAGAAAAUAG